AUCUUCGGAACUUUAAUUGCUUAGGCGCAUGCGGUAAAUAGGUUGACAAGAGCAGAAGACAAUACACAAUAUUUCUGUUUGUUUACGUCUAUAACGUGGAUAAUACAUGACCACAACUGAUUACAGCAUUUUUACAGAUUGUCUCUAAAAUAUGAAGAGGAGAAAUGCCGAUUGUAGUAAAAUACGACGCCUUCCUAAGCGGAGCAAAAUAACGGAAGGUUUCUACGGAAGCACAUUUCUGUACCUGAAGUUUCUGAUGGUCUGGGCCCUGGUCCUGAUGGCAGACUUCAUUCUAGAGUUCCGCUUCGAGUACUUGUGGCCUUUCUGGCUGCUGGUUCGAAGCGUUUAUGACUCGUUUAAAUAUCAAGGCCUGGCUUUCUCUGUGUUCUUUGUCUGCAUUGCUGUUACAUCAGACGUGGUGUGCUACCUUUUUAUUCCCGUUCAGUGGCUGUUCUUUGCUGCCAGUACAUACGUAUGGGUGCAAUAUGUUUGGCAUACAGACAGAGGAAUAUGUCUUCCGACAGUGUCCUUGUGGCUGUUGUUCGUUUAUAUCGAAGCCUCAGUUAGACUCAGAGAACUCAAGAAUUUACCAUUUAAUCUAGAUUUAUGUCGACCAUUUGCAGCUCAUUGCAUUGGCUAUCCAGUUGUCACAUUAGGUUUUGGUUUCAAAAGCUAUAUAUCAUAUAAAAUGAGACUGCGAAAGCAGAAAGAAGUACAGAAAGAAAACGAAUUUUAUGUCAAUUUAAUACAGCAAGCACUGCCAACAGAAUUACAGAAUCAGUAUAUUGAAAAACAGAAAGCUUUACCUUCAAAGUCCGAGGAGGAAGAAAUCUCAAAUGGGGAUGUUGGAGGGAAAGUGAACACAACACAGAGUAAAAGUGACCAAAAGUCACCUUCUAAAGACAUUCACGAAGAUGAAGAACUAGAAUUUAUAGAACAGAUACCGCCCAAAUCCAAAACAGAUGUCAAUCAGUUUCAAGACGAGACAGCAGAUAAUAUUCUUAAUGACCAGCAUGUCAAGUCUUUUAAAGCAAACAGUGUGAAUAAAACGACAAACACCUCAAGUAAACUCAACAGUUCUAAAGACAAUAAAAAGGGCAAAAAUAACAAUACAAAGGAUAUCAACACCACAGCCAGCUUUAGUAAUAACAGAGAUGAAGUUAUAUCUAGAUUAGAGAGUGAUAUUAAAAAAUUAAAAGCAGACCUUCAGUCUAGUCGCAACACAGAGCAGGAACUCCGAUCUCAAAUGAACUCAUAUAUAUCUGGUGACAAGUCCAUGCGCUCAGAAAUAUAUCAACUUCAACAGGAUAAUGAGAAUUUACAAAACAAAUUACAUAAUCUUGUCACUAGUAGGCAGCAAGACAAACAAAAUAUAUCCAGCUUAGAAAAGAAAAUGAAUGAAGAAAGGAAAAUAAGGGCUGGAAUAGAAUUACAACUCAAUGCAGAACGGAAAGCAAAGAAGGCUGAGGAGGCAGCAGCAGCCCGGGCAGUUGCUCUGGCUACGGCAGCUUCAGCCCAGAGGGGGGAGUGUGCAGAUAUUUGUAAACAAAGACAGAGAAAUAUAGAAAAUGAUAUCAAACAGCUCAAAAGGGACCUUAUGGUUCGAGAAGAACAGUGUAGACAAUUAGAAUAUGAAAAUCAGAGUCUUCGACAGUACAAGGAUCAACAGAGUGAGACAGAGGUACUCAUGUCAGCUCUAUCAGCCAUGCAGGACAAAAACACUCAUCUAGAAAACAGUCUGAGCGCGGAAACCCGCAUCAAAUUAGACCUCUUCAAAGCUUUAGGGGAAGCUAAACGGCAGAUUGAUUUAAUGAAAGAGCUCCUACAGGAGAGAGACAAAGAAUGUACAGACCUAAGAUCCAAAAUGACAGAAGCUAUGGCUCUGACAAUGAUGCCAACCUCCAGCUCUCCUGUCAUGAAUGGAGUGGGUGACCACUCCCCUACCCCCCUAUAUUCCUCUCCAUACAGCAGGAAAGAAGACAUGAUCAUCAAGUCCACCCUCAACCCUAAUGCCUCCAACUACACCCCAAAAACAACCAUGUAGACCGGGCAUCUGUGUGUGUGACUUUAUUUUGGAAACAAUAGGCUUGUCUUUUACUUAAAACUCACCCCAAAAAUUAUUUUGUUCUCCUUUAAAAGAUAAAAGGUUAAAAUUUGAAUGAGGCAGCUUUGAUUUCAUGAGAUUACAAAACUUGCACCUGGAGUAUUUUUCUCACAUUAGAGAUAGACACAUACAGAAGUGUAAUUAUAUUAUCAUUUGGGGGGAAAUAAUGAUUAUUUACGGCGGGCUUGUCAUUAACUGAGGAAGUCCACAGAACUGCCAGGAAACGUAGAGAAAUUGAGUUCUAAAAAGUUGGCUUAAUUCUGGAAGUCUGCAGUCUGACAGAUAGCUUUUAUAUACUAACAGAUUCCUCAGUCUCAGUUCUUUUGUCAGACACUAUUGUGUGAUACUUGCCAUACAAACAGUUGACAAAAUCAGAUUCAAUUUGCAUUUCGUUCAUAUUCUAUGAUAGCUGAAAUGGACUCUCAUCUUAAUAUUGAAAAAUUUUGUCUCAAGAUCAUAGGGUAGAAAUUAACAUCCAUGUGUUAUACCUUGUUUAGUGCAAAAUAUUACUCAUCGUAAUUUCCUAAUUAACAGGUAUGAUAGGUACGAUGUUGUUAGUGUAGUGCCACAUGUUUAAACACCCAAUGAAACUAAGCCAUUUAAAUUUUCUAGGCUAGGUCCUGGUGGUAUAAAUUACUUGUUUGUAAUACAGCUAGUAUACACAACCAACCCUUGGAGAUGAGAGUUCUAGAGACCAAGAGUAUAUUUGUAUAGUGAUAUAGAGAAAAAACAUUGGUGCCGAGACUUCACUUUUAGCGAUCAAGAAUUGCUCAAGAUUGAAAUUCCAUUUAUCGACAGUCACCCGUAUUUAUAGUAUCUACAAGGCUUGACAUUGUUUUCAAGAUGUCAUUUCAGGCAAUGUAAAAUAAAAUGACCAAACAAGAACUUGGGUAUAUCUUCUGUGUCUUGUUCAAAUUUUAAUAUUUUUCUUUGAAGGAGUUUUAACUAAAAAUGAUAUUUAUUUGAAAAGUACAUGUACUUUGUUGAAAGCUGUGAACUGCUGAAGAGGCUUUGUCAGAGGACAGAUAUCCCAAGUGUUCAAUUUAAUAUUUUUUGAUUGUCUCAGAGUAGAGCUAUUUAUUUCCAUGUGUUGAAAGCUAGAACAUUUUAUUCCGAGUUUGUCAUAAUUUUUCGGCAGUGGAAUAUUGACCGACGUAUUUUUGGAAUGUGAUGUGUCAGUUCAAACAGAAUUAUUGAAUGUUUACUGUUUUAUGUAAUUUAGAUUUAAAAAAUAUUGUGUGGGACACCAAUUCGAGAUUUGGAUACUCUAUAUCAUAAGUGUAUAAAAACAUUUUGGAUUCAAUGACAGUGUAACCCUUUAUGCUAAUUGAAGAGAAAACUGAACAAUACAUGUAUCUACUGGAAAACAAUACAUUUUGUGUAUAAAAGUUUUUAAAGUAAAGAAAAUGAUGGAUUUCAAGUGUGACUAAAGGUAACAUUACUAUGAUGUAUAGUAAUUGAUCAUGGUUGAAUAAGUUCUCAAAGUGGACAAGGUUUAUAUAAUUAACUCUCUUUUUAAUCAUAUCAAUAUCUGCAGUGGCACUUUCUGUGGUGCAUGUACAUGUAUUUUUUUGUAAUAUCAAAUAAUUUUUUCUGCAUUGGUAAUUUUGUUGAUGAAAAUUGUAUGGGAUAUUAACUCACUGUAUAGGAACAUAUCACUUUUUAAAAUCUUGGUAAGUUAUUAAGCCAACAACCAUGACAUUUUUACCUCUCUGCAGAAAGUUUGGGAUUGGUGUAGAAGUUUCAGCUCCAACAUUUCUAUCUUCUUGGUAUUUUCCAUUAUUUUCCCUCCAAAAAAUACUUGGUCACUUUAAACAAUGAAAAAUUUAGCUCAAGAAUUUUCAUAUUUUCUUCAAUAUCUUCCCCUGACUGCAGUAUUUAAAGAGGCCUUACAAGUUUCACACCGUGAAAGACGACAAAUUUUUCAUUACCUACUUAAGAUAACGACAAUAUUGAUUGCACCAGGGGUGUACAGAUUUUUUACGACUAGGAUUCUGGGAUGUGAUGACCCUGCAGGCCCCUGCACAAGCUGCAGUCACAGGGAGACGUGAAGCCCUUAGAUGUUUAGUUAUUGUGACUGUAACGCUGUGGUUGUUUUUGCUUUGUAUCAUUAGUUUUUGGUGUUCAUUAAGCCUCCGGGAAGGGAGGUCACCUCAGACAGAGGGAGGUCAAGGUUAAGUGCUGUAAGAGUACCACGUAUUGUCCAGCUGCUCUGUGUACGGAUGCAGAUACUUGGAUGAAAAUGCCCUAAACUUGCUGCCAGAAAUAAAAUGCUAGCAAAUAUCAAAA